UCCCCCUCUUUCUUUCUCUUUUUUGUAGUUAGGACUAAGUUGUGAUAUCAACAAGUAAUCUUUCUUUUUGUCUUUCCACUUACCUUUAACUCUGAUGCUUAAGCUAAGUAACAGAUUUAUUAUAGAACUGGGGCCUUUUUGAAGGCUUAGGUGAGAUUGGCAUGAAUGAAUUAAUACAGCUCUUCCAGUUAUAACAUUAAGUUGAGGACAGAAAGCAAAACUGGGUAGUUCCUGCAAUUAAUUCUCAGUUUAAUUUCCAUCACAAGUUCAUCUGGGAAUAAGGAGUGACAGUAUAAUUGUGUUAAAACCUGACUGGUAUGAGAAGUCAGAUUGGUUGUUUGGGUUUGUUAAUUGUUGCAAGUGUGAAACGUCCCAUUAUUUCUCUUUGACAUAGGGACCCCAAAGUCCACACCAUGUAUUUAAGGAAGAGACAUCUUAUGGCCUCUUUUGCUAAGCGGUAGAAAAUGGUAGAAGGGAAAAGGAGUUUGGAGGGCCUUUCUUCUGAAGGAUGUAAAAGACCUACAAGAUAUUUUGAAGAUAAAUAUAGCUUACUGUAAAAGGUCUUGAUUUUGAUAUUCUCAUUGGCUAGCUACGAAGAUGGAAUUAGAUCUUGGGCAAGUCACACUGAUAGGAUCCACUGAUUGGCUAGCUAAAAAGAUGGAAUUAGAUCGUGGGAAAGUCACACUGAUAGGAUGCACUGUAUGUCUCAUGCUGACUAUGCAUUUCAGUAUACAGCUAGUGACAGAGCAUUUUAUGUCAUGGAAGAAGCCUAAAGAGCAAAAGGCCAUAAUCGUCAUCGUCCUCAUGGCACCCUUGUAUGCUAUUGACUCCUUCAUUGGGUUGAUUGAUUUCAUGGGAAGCAAACCCUUUUUCACUUUCUUGGAUUCUGUCAAAGAAUGUUAUGAAGCAAUUGUGAUGGCUAAGUUCCUGGCAUUGAUGUACACUUACUUGAACAUAUCCAUAAGCAAAAACAUAGUCCCUGAUGAAAUUAAGGGAAGACAGAUUCACCACUCAUUCCCAAUGACACUCUUCCAGCCUCACACUGCUCAUUUGAACCAUCAUACGUUGAAGCUUCUCAAGAACUGGACAUGGCAGUUUGUUGUGAUUCGCCCUGUAUGCUCCAUCUUAAUGAUUUUUCUACAACUUCUCGGAGUGUACCCUAGUUGGGUUAGCUGGACCUUUACCAUGAUCUUAAACAUAUCCGUUUCACUGGCUUUGUAUUCUCUUGUGAUUUUCUACCAUGUCUUUGCAAAAGAGUUGGCACCUCACAAGCCACUAGCCAAGUUCCUGUGUGUCAAAGGAAUUGUCUUUUUUGUUUUCUGGCAGGGUAUUCUGCUUGACAUUCUAGUAGCACUAGGCAUAAUCCGAUCUCAACAUUUCUGGCUUGACGUGGAGCAUAUUCAGGAAGGUAUUCAGAAUGUACUAGUGAUUGUGGAGAUGGUUUUCUUUGCUAUCUUUAUGCGUCAUGCAUACAGUGCUGCACCAUAUCGCCAAGAAGCUGUUACAAGUUCAGGAGAUAAAAAGAAAGAGUGAUAAUGCAACAUGUAUUGUCGUGAAAAUCAUCUUCAGAUAUCUGUCUCUUCUUCCUAUUCCUUGUAUGUCAUCUUGGACUUGCUUGUUGAUGUACACUAGAUUCUUCUAUUAAAUAAAUAUCCUCAAUGGAGUCAUAAGCAUGCAGAAAUUGAUGGAGUAAGUAGAACUAGUGUUUUAUCAUCAGGCAGUAUAGUUGUACCUUGCACCUAUUUCAAGAUAUGUAGAGAUGGAAAAAGAUCUUAUUAGAACUAGACAGAUCAACUAGAAUAUAUUGUGAGACAGACUUAGAACUGAA